CACUCGCACUACUGCCUACUGCCUACCUGCAUGGUUGGUGUAUCAUCGCAGGUGCGUUCGUGCGAUUGAAGUAUAAACCGGUUCGAUUACAUGUUGUUGUAAAUUUAAAACAACCAAUCUACAUUAUGCCAUGUGUUGACCUCAAUGUUUAAAAAAAUCUAGUCAAUUCAUAAGUGCGGUUAUUAAGUUUUCUACCGCGCAUAUUUUUUUUUUAGGUUAAGCCUGUUAGCAUUUGUGAUGUAAUAUCGUAAGGAUAGAUUUCAACCGUAAAAUGUUGUUCCGAACGUAUCAAUGUGUAUCGCGAAAUUAUGCGCGAAGUUUUUUCACGAAUGUGCGCCGAAAUUUAUUCAAAGAGCAUCUCACUCCAGAAGAGUUGCAACAACAUAAACGGAAAAUCACGGCUCUAAAUUAUAUGACCGCUCUUGGACUUCUAUCUGUAGGUUUGGCUUAUGCUGCUGUUCCAAUGUACCGAAUAUUCUGUCAGUCGACAAGUUAUGGAGGAACUUUAACAAAGGAUGAAAGUAACAUAGAAAACAUGAAGCCGAUCAAGGACAGAGUUAUCAAAGUUCGCUUCAAUGCCGAUAUCAGUUCAUCCAUGAUGUGGAACUUCAAACCUCAACAGCGAGAAAUUUAUAUCGUGCCAGGAGAAACUGCUCUUGCUUUUUAUACUGCCACUAACCCAACAAACUUGCCUGUCACCGGUGUCUCUACUUAUAAUGUAGUACCUUUCGAAGCUGGGCAAUAUUUCAACAAAAUACAGUGUUUCUGUUUCGAGGAACAACGUCUAGAAGCUGGAGAACAGGUGGACAUGCCAGUAUUUUUCUACAUCGACCCGGAAUUCGUGGAAGAUCCGAAGAUGGAAUUUUGCGACGAAAUAACAUUGUCAUACACGUUUUUCGAAGCUAAACCAGGUUUUAAAGUGCCCAUACCAGGGUUCGCUAAGCAAGGAGCUUGAAAGAAGUAUCUAUUCAUGGACUCGACGUGACUAUCGCACAAACCGUUGUUGUUAAGAGGUUGUGUAACGAUUUGAAAUGUCAGAUUAAACGCGUGCUGGAAACACGGUAUAGUUGCCCUAAAA